CAAGAAAGAACACGAACUUUCAAAUUUCAGGAUUGAAUAUUGAGCGCUGGGCCCUAGCGACGACGACGAAACAUGUUGAACACGGGGCUAAUUCAAAAGCUCUUAAAAUGUCUAUGGCGAGUGUUGGCGGCGCUCGCACAGUCAUCUGCCCAGCGACUGCGCGUUCUCGUAUUUUGCUUGCGGCGCUGUGUCGCCAAGGUUCACGCUUUACCUGGACACAGUACUGACUCAAAGUCUUCCACUGCAGAUCCAUGCUGUGCCGCUGGGGCUUCCAAUGCACGAUGUCCGCAGGCUACCUUGCCAUUGCCGCUUCACCACCAAAUAACUUCAACUAAUACGGCAAGCGGCACUCAAGAUGUGUUGUCGUCUUCGAUACUUCCGUAUGCCAUGCCUGCUCCAUACGUUCCCAAGCAAAUUGUUCCGUCUCAUACGUCUUCGCCACCAGGAGUCGGUAAUGCUAUUCCUUCCAAUACUUCCAGUAUCACUCCCCCUUUUGUACCAUUCGCUGCGAAUGAUGUUUUGCGAUACGAAAAUCGUCCUCUUGUGUAUGUGCAGCUCCCUCAUAAUAGUAGAUGGUCUUGAGGAAUCAUUCCAGAGAUAAAACUCGUGAGCGCGAUCGCAUUCCAGCACUCACGAGGCGCUUCCCAAACGAACCAUGCAGAUCAUGUCCAUGGUUGAACAGUGAUUGGCGGUCUUGUAUACAUCCCGAAGGCGCACUGUAUUUAUA